CGAAAAGUUGGUAAAUUUCGUUCGUUUAUGAUUUCCCCUCACUUCUCUGUUUCCUGCUUCAUCCAUCCAUUUUAGACAAUUUUGGAAUAUUUAGAAAAACACCAAACAGCGAAAUCUUCGUACAUCGUCCAGGAUUUCGCUGGUACGAUGGCGCCUGUACCGCUGGAUGGAAACCAAACCCCGAUCGGAGGCAAUAUGAUUCAAGAAAGUGCCAAAGGAGGAUCCAUAUCGCUCGGAUUGCUGAUGGAUUUCAUUAUACAACGAACGUAUCACGAAUUGACUGUUCUAGCUGAACUAUUACCCCGAAAAACAGACAUGGAAAGAAAAAUUGAAAUAUUCAACUAUGCCAACAGAACAAGACAACUGUUUAUAAGGCUUAUGGCAUUAGUUAAAUGGGCGAACAGUGCUUCAAAAGUAGACAAGUCAACUCGUAUAAUGGGAUUCCUCGAUAAACAAGCGAUGCUAUUCAUCGAUACGGCAGAUUUGUUGGCUAGAAUUGCCAGAGAAACUGUGGUCAGAGCUCGUCUACCAAAUUUUCAUAUACCAGCUGCAGUGGAAGUUCUCACCACUGGUUCUUAUUCUACAGUACCGUCUUGCGUUAAAGAUCGCAUUGUUCCUAGUGAACCGAUCACUGCUUCUGAAAGAAGAUCGGUGUUGCUGAAAUUGAAUCAAGUCAUUCAGCAUCGUCUGGUAUCCAGCGAGUUACUCCCCCAAAUGAGAAAUUUAAAAAUCGAAAACGGACGUGUGACUUUUCACGUCGAAAACGAGUUCGAAGUUUCAUUAACGAUAAUGGGAGACGGACCUCUAAUGCCGUGGCGUUUAUUGAACAUCAGCAUCCUGGUGGAAGAUCGUGAAACCGGAGAGGGAAAACCCUUGAGUCAUCCGUUACAAGUGCAAUAUAUUCAGCAAAUUCUUCAAGCCAGGAUCGCAGACUCCGCUGAUCCAUUAAAAGAAGUUUACAGUUUUUUACACUUCUUCUGUCAGUCUUUACAAUUAGAGGUAUUUUUCUCGCAGACUAUAAAACUGUGCAGAGAUAGACUGGAUGGGCACAUCGCAGUAGAUGAAUAUUGUCAAGGAAAAUGUCUAUCGGUUUCAUAUUGGCGAGAAUUGACCGCAAAAGAUCCUAAAUCCGAGUUAGGUUAUACGUUAACUUUACUAGUUGAUAUGAACAGACCAGACAGGCCGUUGAGUAUUGUUCACGUUCCUUCGUUAGGAUGUUCGGAAACUGAUAUGGUAGAAGAAACAAUUAGUACAGAUCAUUUAUCAAUGGAGAAACUAUUAGUUCAUACGAUUUAUAUUCGUACCAAGAAUCGUUUGGUCGAAUUGAAAAAAGAAAUCAAGUCCAAAGUUAAAGGCAUUCAAUAUACUUUACAAGGAACGCCAGCUAUUCUAUCGUUAUCGAUAUUGAUACCUUGUUUACGAGCUGAACAACUUCUAGUUACCGUUGACACCCAUACCGGUAUGAUACAGUGUCACAUUCCUCAAUACAGUAGUCGGUAUCCGCCAGUCGUGUCCGAGCUGCAACACUCGUUCAAUACAGAUAGAUCUAACAUUCCUGCUUUAAUAUCAGAUAUAAGAUUUUGGUUGACUAAACAACGUUGUAUGAAAACAUUGCAACAUUUGCCCGUUACUGUGACCGAGCAUUUGCCUAUAAUAAACGAUCCGACGCAAUCGAUCACUUUGAUAAGUAAACGAAGGAUGUUCGUUACAUUUCAUCGACAUUCGAAUUAUAUUUUGGCCGUUGAAAUGAAGGAAAAGUUGAAAAGUCCUUCCGAUAUGGAGUACGGUUUUUACUUGUUAGAAGUGAAACGAACAACCAUUAAAGAAAAUGCUUCGAACGAGCCACCUUGUAGUGAAAACGACGCUCCGAAAUUAUAUUUGAAAGCUUUUACGAAAAUUCAACUCGAUACUUUCGUUAUUACUCACGGCUCGUUUACAUCAGUCAUAGACGCUAUACCAAAUAAAUACGCCGGCUUGAAGCGUAAAAACCUUAUCGCAGUUGAAACGACGAAUAAAAAAGCCAAACAUCCGGCCUACUUUAUACCGGAACUCGCACACGUCGUCGCUUUAUGCGACGAACGUAUACCAUUUACAACGCUAGCUCAAGAGCUGACGAAACGAGAAAUUCCACAUCAAGGUAUCCAAAUAGAAGCGAACGCUACCGCGUUAUCGUUGAAAUUGGUCCAAUUACCACCACCCGAAGGUAUUUCUGUGACCAGCCCCGGAUGGAUAGCGUUGAUGAAAAGAUUGCUGUCUGUAUCGAUUCGAUCGAUUUUCAAAGGCAACGGACAUUUUUGGGCUGUAGAAUUCGUAAUGUACGGUACGCCCAUAGCGACAGCUAAUAGUCAUUCCAGAGAACAAGGUAUGCGAAGGCCUGUGUACUUCCAGUACGAAAUGAACAGUUCGGAAUCGGCGAGCAAAAUGGUCGACUCUUUGAUGCAAGAUUGGUCUCAAAUCGUUCAUUUGUAUUGUCUGAUAGAAGAUAUGGCCGAAUAUUUGAAAUUAGGAAAAUUCGAUUUGACGAAAAUCGCAACCGUAAAGUCGUACAACUAUAGCAAGUUCGUGAUUUGUUACGGCGGCUCUCCUCCUCAAAGACAAGCCACUGCUACAUUCCAAUGGAACGCAAAUACAAAGUCUUUUAAAAUUUUAUUCGGUUCCAUGGGUAACAGUUCGAAUGCUCAUUUACUCGUCGAAGAACAAUUAGAAGAUCAUUUGAAUCGAAACAAGAACCUAGCGCAAUUGAUUCAUAUUCUUCACGAAACAUACCCACCGUUAGUUUCGGUUAAUAAAUUGCCAUCGAUGCCUCACAUUGUAUACCUUACGAAUCCGGUUACAAAUCCGAAACCGUCGUUGGCUCCGGUUAUAACGUUUGUAGUGAUUGUUCAAUCACCUACUGUACUACGAGUUGUUUACCAAGGAACGUAUUGCUUGGAAUUAAUGUUGCUGAGUGACGGUUUGAUCAGCGUUCGUGACGGAGCUUAUUGUCGUUUUGAUAGAACCAGUGCUGUCUCUGACUAUAUGCCAACAGGAGAUUUGAAGGCUUUCUUAUCGAAAUACGAAGACCAAACAUUAGUUUUACGAAGACGUUCGCAGCUGGAAGAUGAUGAUCCGCCAUCCCCUAUUCGAGCAGACUCGGUCGACAGUCCAACCAGCUUUUUGAGCCAUCACCGAGGUCCUCAAUCACCUAUUCAGCGAGGUGAAGGCGGUCUUCGUUUCCAUCCUCCAAUGACACCUCCUAGUAACCCACAUACUCCCGCCAGUCCACAUACAGGAAAUAUGCAGGGCAACACGUCGCAUCAAACGUUUUCUUCGAGUCCGUCUACUUCGUUUAAUAUGGCGUCACCUCCCGCGUUAUCUUCGAAUAUUAAUUCUUCGCCAUCUAUGUUACCGCAUCCAUCGCCCGGAUCUGGUUUACUGGCAAGCUCGCCGUCUAAUCCAAUGCAUGUCUUGAGCCCCGCUGGAUUAAUGCCUACUUCGUCGCCGGGUCCAUGUUCCAGUAGCAUACCCGUUGGUCAUUCGCCUGCUGGGUCCUUUUUAACGCAAGGUCACACCGAUGGAAGUCCAUUCACCAGCGCUCAAAGUAUGACGUCGCCAGCAGCUGUGAAUUGGCCCGGAUCUCCUGGCAUGCCUAGACCUUCUCCAGCCAGGGCAGGUCAAUCUCCCGGAGGUCAUUCUGCUCUGCAUAGUCCGGAACAGCAUAAAUCUGUUGGCCAGACGUCGAGAAUAUUACCGCAGAAACCUUGGGCUGGUGCUGUUCCAACUUUGUUAUCUCACGAAGCUUUAGAUUCUUUAUGUACGCCGUCUCCGCAUCCGCAACUGCUACCGGGUUCGGAACUCUGUCCUUUGGAAAGAUUUUUAGGAUGUGUAUCGUUGAGACGACAGUUACAAAAAAGCAUAAAGGCGGAUAAACAGGCUUACAAGCCAACUCAGAAUCCUGAACAGGGGAUGCUAAACUUCAAAGUAAACGGUCUGCAAUGUCUCGUUUGCCUGAAUCGAAAUCACUUUCAGUCUCUACAUAUCAAAAUAACGGUAGCGCCUGAAAACAAAGAACCUUGGAGUGUAGAAGACCCGCAAGAUUUACAAGUGCUGGAGAAAUUUUUCGACAUGAGAGUCGCAGCUCCGCCAUUUAAAUCGCAUUCUGUUGACAUGUUCGCCAAGCUGUUAACUUGCCAACAUCACUUUUUGAAAGACUUCAUUCAAAUAAUGAAAUUAGAUUUAAUUCCUAGCUUAGUUCAGCAACAGGGAAUGAAAUGGAUGCCGCAGAUUUGCCUUUGCGUACCACCAUCGGCGUUUCCGUUUGUAAAUAAGGGUGUACUCGCUUUCCAUAUUCAUGGAACGAAAAUUUUAUUUUUCUUACAAGUGACCCGAGUAGGAUUAUCAUACUCGACCGGUGAUGCUCCAUUUCUCAUAUUGCCAGUUCUGUAUGAAACCCAAUAUAACCUGACCCAGCUGGUGGAAAAGAAAGGAUCUCCUCCGACAAAUGCACUAUCGCUAGCGAGUUUGCACAUCAAACGUUACGGAGAAUACAACAAACAGCCCAACAAAUGUUCACUGUUUCCUACAAUUUGCGAUUUCUUGACGAACUUCUCGCUGCCUUCAGAUCCGCCUUCUCAGAUGAUUCAGACUGCUGGGGGACAAUCGCCGAUGAUGAUGAGUGUUCCUGGAGGCCCGCAAAUGAACGCACCCGGUGAUCCGUUACAAGGAUACUCUGUUGGACCAAUGGGAAUGUGAAUACCAGAAUUUGUUUGAUUGACGAGUGUACGCUAUUAAUUUUUUUCGUUCGAGUGCGUUUACGAUGAAACUAUAGGCGACAAUUACGCCGGGAAAUAAAUUCACCUACGCACGGAGAAAUUUCAACUCGCUCCGUUAUACGAUAAAAAAGCCUAUAGACGGAAGUUCUAGGGUGAUAUACUCGACCCGGCUGAUUCCAAGUUUGUGAUCGUUCUUUAAAUUUUGUUCAACCAAAGAGGAACAUGUAUUCAGAUCACCGUUGUUGGAGAAAUGAACUUUCGGUCAACGAAAAGCGUUUGCAGGAGUGAGGGUACUCGUAUUUUUAUCAACUUUCGUUAUUCUGAAGAAAUAAUGAGACUAGUAGAAUAAAAAACCUAUUCUGGAAUAUGACCUCGCGACUUUAUCCAAUGACUUAGAGUGGUCAGCUCGAGUUGGUGUGAUGAAAAAAAAAAUCAAACAAACUAAAAUGAAAUGAUUCAAAUCUAGAACUAAAAUCACUUUUUCGAGUAAAAAAGUGGAAAAUAUUUUUUAAAUAGUUAUACGAAUAUUUUUUAUUGUUGUCAGUGAGGACGAUGUUUAUGUACCCAAUGUGAUGAUAAUAACGAGUAAAACAAUAUAAUUCAGUUACAGUUA